AUGCCGUUUGUUCAGAGUACAGGUCAAGGUAUACCAUUUUGCUCGAAUUUCGGCUUAAUAUCGUGCCAGCCUGUGACGUCAUCGGAUGGGAACAUCAUCCCUACCUUUCCUAAACUCUUGCCAGUGGAGCAGCGGUUUAACUCCCCUACUUUACCAGAAGGAAUUACUCAAUACAUUUGCAGAAAACCAGAUUGCUCAUCAGUGCCUUGUCUCAACGAUGGGACAUGUUUCGAGACCAUAGAAGGAUACAAUUGCACUUGUAAAACGACAUACCACGGGAAGCAAUGUGAAAAACAAGAUCGUUUCAUUACGUCUCUCCGUCUCUUUGGCGGGAACAGCAGCAGUGAGGGGCGUGUCGCAUUCACCGCCAUCAAUGAUGUUAACCAGACACAAUAUUUUCUUCGGCAUUCCUGGACGAUGGAAGCUGCCCAUCUUGUGUGCAGAUAUCUGGGAUACAGCGGUGCGUUUGCUAUUGUGAGUGGGGAUCUAUACCAGUCUCAAGAUCCCAUUAACCAAUCGGUACUUAACCAAUCCCAAUACGGUGAAAUAGCCUGCCCGCCAGAUCCUCAAUACAUUUCAGAAUGCUGGUACAACACGGCCUCUGAUGAACAGGAUACGAGCCUCAUGUGGAAUGCUGCAGUGAUUUGCUGUACACCUCAGGUAUGUGGACCUAUUGGGGAACGGCUUCUUCCAAAUAUUCCUGACUCGGCCAUUAACCAAUCUAGCUGCUGGGCUGGCUGGGAUCCAGACACCGUUUGUGGAUGGGCGGGGCGAAUAGAUUCUCCGACAACAGCUUGGGUCCCAGGUCAUCCUCCUAUAGACCAAUGGGUCCUAAUUCAUUUAGGAGAAGAGGAUUACAUUAUUUCUGGGAUACUUACACAAGGGAAAAGAGGAAAAAAGCAAUGGGUCACUUCUUAUUACAUUUCUUACACAAAGAAUGGAACAUGGAUGACGUACACAAAUAUAUACAACGACACUUUAGUGAAGAUCUUCCCAGGAAACUAUGAUGACAACUCGCACGUGAUGAAUCUGGUCCAACCACCUAUCGUUGCCCGAUAUGUCAGGAUACAUCCAAUGACGUGGGAGCAUUCCCCAUGCAUGCGUUUUGACAUCGUUGGCGUGAAAUCUCUCAUGGAUCAACCCGAUGAUGAAACCAAUGGAUGUGUACCGUUGCAUGGAGAGAAGCUAGGAGUCGAGGAUGGGAGGAUAGCAAAUGAGAGUAUAACAGCAUCUUCACUCGCCGAUCCGGAUCAAGGUGCAUCCUAUGCGCGAUUGAAUCUGGAUGCGAUUCCGGAUGUCACGCCAGGAGCAUGGCUACCCAACGCGACCGAACAAAACCCAUGGAUAAAGAUCGACCUUAUGACUAAUCACGUCGUGACAGGUGUCAUCACUCAAGGGCGUGGUCAUCCAUCCUACCCUCAUUGGACGACAUCGUUCACGCUCUCGUUCUCGGCCGAUGACAUCACUUGGCAAGAAUGGGAAGAGUGUGGAGUAACGAGGGUGUUCAUGGGCAAUUACGACAGGUCAUCACCGGUCACGUCUCUGCUCAAUCAACCCGUUACAACCCGAUUAGUACGUAUUCAUCCCAGGACGUACGCACCUAGAGGGGUCAUCGCACUAAGAUGUGAAAUCCUUGGGUCAUCAAUGUAGGGGGUGUGAUGUGGGAUAUCUGUAGCAUUCACUGCAAAUCAUUUUAAAAUGCUUUACGGCCAUUGAAAUACCUAACGGCGAGCUUUCUUUCCGGCCUUAACUAAGUUUUCUAUGCAAAUUAUAGUCGAAUGAAUAGUUUAUGAAUUAUUAUUUUUAUAGCUUGGCG